UGCGCACACGUCAGGCCACCAACUCGUUUCUAGUCACGCCCGCUCCUUCAGGCUUUGUCGGAGCGACAUUCUACCAUCGAACCGUUGUUUUUGCGCCUUCACCCAAACGACCGAAUAUUUAAAUCGAACAUUUAAAAGAAGCACUUAGGAGUAUCGGCGAUACGUUCAUCCAAAAUGGCUUCUGUGGCAGAGUUUGAGAAGGCGGCGGAAGACGUGAAAAACUUGAAGACAAGGCCGUCGGACCAGGAGUUGCUUGACCUCUACGGCCUGUACAAACAGGCAGUUGUCGGAGACAUCAACACGGAAAGGCCGGGGUUGUUCGACAUGAAGGGUAAAGCCAAGUGGGAUGCAUGGAACUCCAGGAAAGUGUGCCCAUUUGCAUCCGACCAGGAGUUUAAAACGACAGUGGAUAUUGUGCAGACAUUUCAAGAGGGUAUUGGCAAAGAGCUGCACCACAAACUACUCCAGAGAGCCAAGACCAGGAGGAACUGGCUGGAAGAGUGGUGGUUAGACAGUGCAUACCUGGAGGCGCGCAUGCCAUCUCAGCUUAACGUGAAUUUCGGUGGCCCGGCUCCCUAUUUGGAACACUGCUGGCCCCCCGCAGAAGGAACUCAACUCCAGAGGGCCAGUGUUAACGUCUGGCACACGCUACAGUACUGGAACCUCAUUUACAAAGAGGAAAUUCCCCCUCAGAAAGCUGGUAAGAUGGUGUUGGAUAUGGACCAGUUCAGAAUGCUCUUCUGUACCUGUAAAGUACCUGCAGUUGAGAAAGACAGCAUCUACAAUUAUUUUAAGACAGAGCGAGAGGGCCGCUGCCCGUCGCACCUGAUUGUCAUGUGUCGCGGACGGAUAUUCAUGUUUGAUGCACUUUGUGACGGCGAAAUCCUCACACCACCUGAACUCCUCAGGCAGCUGAGCUAUGUGAAAGAGUGUUGUGAGGGACGGCCAGAUGGUGAGGGUGUUGCUGCUCUUACCUCAGAUGAAAGGACUCGAUGGGCAAAGGCUAGGGAGUAUCUCAUUAGCAUUGAUCCUCACAAUGAAAGCGUCCUGGAGGCCAUCCAGAGCAGCCUCUUCGUAAUAUCCCUCGAUGACGCAAAGCCAUACUCCUCUGCAGAGAACUACACAAACAUUGCUACGGAAGCGCUCACAGGAGACCCCACCAUCCGCUGGGGAGACAAAUCGUACAAUUCUCUCGCUUUCGCCGACGGUACUUUUGGAUCCAAUUGUGAUCAUGCAGCAUAUGACGCAAUGGUUAUGGUGUCCAUGUGUUGGUAUGUUGACCAGCAACUUAAAGCGACAGAGGGCAAGUGGAAGGGCUCAGAGAGAGUCCGGCCAAUGCCUUUACCCGAGGAGCUUGUUUUUACCACAGAUCAAAAAGUCCUGAAUGAUAUUAGCCACGCCAAACGUCAAUAUUUCGAGAUGGCACAGGACCUCCAGAUAUUGUGUUAUGCCUUUACAGGUUUUGGAAAAUUGGCAUUGAAGAAGAAGAACCUACAUCCUGAUACCUUUGUUCAGUUGGCCAUGCAACUGAGCUACUACCGCAUGCACAAAAUACCAGGGAGUUGCUACGAAACGGCAAUGACCCGCAGGUUCUUCCACGGCAGGACAGAGACGAUGCGGCCUUGCACCAGCGAGGCGCUCGGCUGGUGUAAAGCCAUGAUGGACCCCAUGUGUGAGAAUCAUGACAAGAGGAAAGCCAUGCUGCAAGCCUUCAACAAACACAAUAAGCUGAUGGCAGAAGCCCAAGAGGGCAAAGGUUUUGACAGACAUCUUCUUGGACUCUAUCUCCUUGCCAAGGAGGCGGGACAUCCCACUCCUGCGCUCUACACAGACCCACUCUACACAAAGAGUGGAGGUGGCGGGAACUUUGUGUUGUCAUCCAGUUUGGUGGGCUACACUUCAGUCCUAGGGGUGGUUGCUCCAAUGGUUCAUCAUGGCUAUGGCUUCUUCUAUCGCAUCAACAAUGACAGGAUUGUGAUCUCCGUCUCAGCAUGGAAAUCUUGCCGUCAGACAGACGCUGCAACGUUUUUCAACAACUUCUGUAACUCCAUGCAUGACAUGUUUCACCUGGCGACCACAUCUCAACUUUAAGUACUCACUGGCACCGAAAGGCAGGGGAGCUUUCCGUUCGGUGCCUCCCACUGACACAUCUCCUCUUCUUCCGCAAACGUGAAUAGUAGAGUGUUUGCACAUAGCACCAAACAAUGCAACUGUUAAGAAUGACUUGUUUUUUUGUGGAAGUUGUUGUUGAAUGCGUAUAUUGCUCGGAUAACUGUUUUAGAUUUUAAGUGGUAACCAUGAAUGCUUACUUUUUUUUCUCAACAAAGGCCUCAAACAUUAGCCAGGGUGAUUAAUAACAUUCUGCUGACAUACCAAGAAAAUUUGAUGAACACUAAUCACCUCAAGUAGCGGUCAGCUGCUUUGACUUACUCAACUGCACAGACUAAAGUGACAUUUAUCAGAGGUUAGGUGUUUUUUUUCCUCUUUUUUUUUUUAAA